UUCUGAUUCUAGCAGUAUCUGAGCUCAGGACUGGCUUUCUCUCUAUUGUGUUGUCAGAUUAGCCACUCCUACCUCAGUCUCAGGCUGGAUCAGUUUCUGUUUCCUAGCUAGUGAGCUCUCUUUGGGAAAGCAGCCCGCUCUGACAAACUACAGUCGUCAGAAAGAGCUACACAAGGAAGAACUGACUUCAUACUGUGGAAGAAGCCCCACAGCCUCCAAUCCGUCUGAAACACCACCUUCACAUCAGAGCUGAGGAUGCCCACUUUGGAGACGCUGAAUGAAAUGACCCAGCUGAGGUCAUCUGGGUUCGGUCAGCCUUGGCCCAGACAUGGACUCAAACUGCUCUACUGGUUCGCCACAGAGUGUGUCAGUUUUGAUGAAAACAAUGAAAUGUUUUCAAGGUACAGUCCCGAGGCAGGACAUUACGGUUUCCACUAUUUUGAGAACAGACCUGACGGAUAUGGUGUCCGACUCCUGCCUGAUGUGGACUUCCCCUACUAUGAGGUGGGCAAUCUGCACUCUCCAGGGGCACAUGAACUGCCUGAUUAUGUUACUGAGGACAAAACCCGUAAACAAGAUGGCAGUAAUAUGGAUCGUAUCAUUGUUAGUCGUGACAAUGUGUGGUUUGAUAGAGUUUACAUCACAGCGCACAAAGACGAGUCAAACUUUGACAUUGACAGCACCUACCGCAUCAGCAAGGGCCUGCUUAGGAUCAUCAGCCAGCUGACCUUGGAGGAGUUUCUGUAUGAGAUGGGUUACAGGAAACACCCAGUGGACAGAUCCUGGAUUUCAGGGUCCUACCCUCAACCCAUUGGCACAACGGAUAGUAGCACCACCAGAAACCAAGACUUUCGGAUUGACAUGGAGUCAUCGUCUUCCACACAGAACAGGGACGCAUCCAUUCAGAAUACCAACACAACAAAACAUCAACUAAAUGAUUCAACCAGUAGCCAAGGAUUCUGGGAAACUUUCUGUACAAUCCUUUAACGCUUAUGAGUCACUGGUUUUGCCGGAUAACAAAAGCAUAUUGUAAUUGAGCUGAGUUUCUGACGCAUAACUUGUUGAAACAAUCAGAAAAGUUCUGUCGAAACUUUCUAUCUAAAGCAAAUUUGUGUUUGUAAGUUGAUUUGAAUUUGAGUGAUCAAUUUAAGUUUUGUGGAAUGAAAAAUCAUACUUUACAUUUUUGGUAUGUGUUUGUCAAUUGCAGACCUUAACCUGUUGAUACAGAAUGAAAAUGAGCUUAAUUAUUUAAGUAA